AUGGCGCUGAGUGACCUCCUUUACCCAGAUAACCCCAAGAGAAGGCAAGAAUUGAUCCAUCUGCACCAAGAAUUGCUCAACUGCAUGUCCAUGAAUUUCCAUGCAACAAAUGAGCUGGCUGGAGUGCUGAAUGAACACCUGGGAUGUACCAUUACCCGCAUUCAGAUGAGAGCGAGCAGCACUGUCAAGGAAAACUGUGACAUUAUGAUUCAAGCGAUGAGUGAGAUUCAGCGUCAGGUACAGAAGAUUGAUAGUGACAUGAAGGAAAAGCUAGAGCCUGCACUGUACCAGAAGCUGUAUGAUAUCAAAGAGCCCGAGUUGGAGAAAAUUGCAAUAGCCCAUAAAGUUUUUUCCGUUGUUCUUGGAGAAGCGACUUCAAUGGCUGGGAUGGUAGCUAUCAAAAUUCUUGGCUCCAAUCUUAUAACUCUCACUGUGAGCAAACUCGUCAGUCUCCUUGCACAGAUAGCUGCAUCUGUUCUCGGGGGUAUCAGCAUCACCAUUCUUGGGCUUGGCAUUGAAAUGAUCCUCCAUGCCAUCCUGGGAGCCAUGGAGAGGAAUCAGCUUCUGGCAGCUGUGAGAAGCUAUGAGAAGCACCUGGCUGAGUUUAAAGCAGCCUCAGAGAAGUACCAGCAUGCCAUACAUGAAGUGACUUCUUUGGUGAGACAGCAGGUUCAGUGA